AUGUCUGACCCAAUCGAUUCUCCUGAGACCCCCAAAAAGGGCCAGUUGAACGAGAAGCAGACCAAGCUCCUCGCCGCCAUGACCCAGAAUACCAUCGGCAAGGUUGAGUACAACUGGGAGAAAAUUGCCAUCGACACGGGCUACAAGAACGUGGCCAGCGCGAAGAGUACCUACUCCCGCCUCUGCUCCCAGCUGAACGGCGGCGGCAGCAAGAGCUCUACCGAUAAGGGCGACACCCCCGUCUCUGGCGGCCCCAAGACCCCGACCAAGGUCUCCAAGCGCACCGGAAAGGUCGGCAGCUCCUCGACCAAGAAGCCCCGUGGCAAGAAGGGCGCGGCUGCGGCUGCGGCUGCGGCUGCGGCUGACGCCGGCAAGGAUGGUUCUCAGAAGGAAGAGCAGAUUGAGGUAAAGGGCGAGCCCGAGGAUGAGGACGAGGUUGACGCUAUGAUGAGCGGUGCGCUCUAA